AUGAGUGAGUUUAUGCAGUACACAUUUAUGCUAAUUUUAAAUGUUGAGUUCAUAAUUGGAAAUUUAGGAAAUUGCUUCAUAACACUGGUGAACUUCAUUGUCUGGGUCAAGAGAAGAAAGCUCUCUCUGUUUGAUCAAAUCCUCACUACUUUGGCGAUCUUCAGAAUUAGUUUUCUCUGGUCAGCAGCCAUAUGUAUAUUAGCUAUUUUUUACCCAGGUUUGUUGACUGAAACAAUGAAAAAAAUAACUGGUAUUAUAUGGACAGUUUCCAGUCAUUUUAACAUCUGGCUCACAGCAUGCCUCAACAUCUUUUAUUUUCUCAAGAUAGCCAAUUUUUCUAAAUCUAUUUUUCUUUUUCUUAAGUGGAGAGUUAAACAGGUAGUUUCACUGACAUUUUUAGUGUCAUUGGUCUUCCUGCCUUUACAUGUUACACUGACAAACCCACAUCUUGAUACCUGGAUUGAUGGAUAUAAAAGGAAUAUGUCAUACACUUCCAAUUUGAUUGACUCUACACAAGUAUGGAAAAAAGUUUUAUUCAGCAAUAGUAUAUUUGCAUUCAUACCCCUUACUGUGUCCCUACCAACUUUCCUCUUGCUCAUCUUCUCCCUGUGGAAACAUCUGAAGAGAAUGCAGUACAAUGCCAGAGGAUCCAGAGAUGUCAGCACCAAGGCCCACAUAAAAGCUUUACAAACUAUAGUUGCCUUCCUCCUACUGUAUAUCAUUGUCUCAAUUUCUUUCAUUGUACAAAUUUUGAGCUAUGAAUUAUUGGAAAAAAAAUUCAUGUUUUUAUUUCGCCAAGUGACUAUUUUUGCUUUUCCUUCAGGGCAUUCAUGUGUUGUCAUUUUGGGAAACAAAAAGCUGAGACAAGUCUCUUUCUCCUUAUUUCAGUGGCUGAGGUGCCGGUCCAAAAAUAUGGAAUCUUCAGCACCCAAGUAA